CCGCCGCCAUUUCAGUGUCUCCGGGGUGCCCCGGAAGCAGUUUCCGGGCGUGUCCCAUCGCUUCGCAUCCCUAAGAUGGCGGCGGUCUCGGUUCUGCAGGCGCCCAGCGGCGGCUUCAGCUUCGACAACUGCGCUCGGAACUCUCUGCUGGAGGCCGAGCUGGUGCAGAAGGGGCAGCGUUUGCCCGCAGCCCGCAAGACGGGCACCACCAUCGCCGGAGUCAUCUUCAAGGAUGGAGUGGUGCUCGGGGCAGACACGAGAGCGACGGAAGGAAUGGUUGUUGCUGACAAGAACUGUUCAAAAAUACACUUCAUUUCGCCUAAUAUCUACUGUUGUGGUGCUGGAACAGCUGCAGACACUGAUAUGACAACUCAGCUGAUUUCUUCCAAUCUGGAGCUCCACUCCCUGUCCACAGGGCGCCUCCCAAGGGUUGUUACAGCAAAUCGAAUGCUGAAGCAGAUGCUCUUCAGGUACCAAGGCUACAUUGGUGCUGCCCUGGUGCUGGGAGGAGUGGAUGUCACAGGACCCCACCUGUACAGCAUAUAUCCCCACGGGUCAACUGACAAACUGCCUUAUGUUACCAUGGGCUCUGGCUCCUUAGCAGCUAUGGCAGUAUUUGAAGAUAAAUACAAACUGGACAUGGAGGAAGAGGAAGCCAAACAGCUUGUGAGAGAUGCCAUAGCAGCUGGCAUAUACAAUGACCUGGGCUCUGGCAGUAACAUUGACAUCUGUGUUAUAAGCAAGAACAAGUUGGAUUUUCUUCGCCCGUAUGAUGUGGCCAACAGAAAGGGGGAGAGGCAUGGUAGAUACAAGUGUGAAAAAGGAACUACUGCUGUUCUCACAGAAAAUGUAGCACUCCUGGAACUUGAGGUGUUGGAUGAAACUGUACAAACCAUGGACACAUCCUGAACCAUCCUGUGCAUCCCUCUGUGUCACUGCAGACCAGCACUGGGUAUGAGUAGAAGCCUUCCAGCACCUGAUACAGAAUAAAUUGGGUUCUGACCAUUCUCCU